AUGAAUCUCUUAUAUGAGAAUGAAACAAUAACCCACAGGAAUGUGCCGCUGCACUUUCGGCGACAUCCAGAUCGGGGCGGUAAGGACCGGGAGAGAAAUCGCCGGACAACCGGAGUGGAAAGUGACUGUAAUCAACACGUGCAAGUGUCUUCAGAAGCACGUGACUCUGUCUUGCGGAGGGUUUGCUCCUGUGAAGCGUGUCGAGCCAUGGCUACUGCUCCCACAGGGAAACACGUGUCUUCUGAUCAAAGGAGAGGCUUUGCCAGCUGGCGCCGAUGCUGAGUUCAGUUACGCCGGCGAGCCUUACAUUUUCAGACCCAUAGGUUCGACCGUCGAUCCAAGCUGCAAGAAUUUGCUGUUAUAAAGCUUCUAGAUACAUUCUUUCAUCCAAAAAAAAAAACCUUCUAA